CUCCAGAGUGCACAUCGUGAUGGAGACCCCUCUUGAGAAGGCCCUGGCUACCAUGGUCAGCACUUUCCAUAAAUAUUCGGGGCGAGAGGGCAGCAAGCUGACCCUCAGUAGGAAAGAACUGAAGGAGCUGAUCAAGACAGAGUUGAGUCUUGCAGAGAAGAUGAAGGAGAGCAGCAUUGAUAACCUGAUGAAGAGCCUGGACAAAAACAGCGACCAGGAGAUUGACUUCAAGGAGUACACCAUGUUCCUGACCACGCUGUGUAUGGCCUACAACGACUUCUUCCUGGAGGACAAGUGA